AGUGAUAUCACAAGACUUCUCCGGACUUGGCGACAGCCAAACAAGGGACCGCUGGCCAAGGUUGCUUUACGUUAGGUAGUCGUCGGUAUGGCAGAUUAUCGUUUUAAGGUUUAGGCUGAUAUGACAUUGUAAUAAAAGUCCUCGUUGUUGCAUCCUUGUCUGUUUAUGGAUUUCCCCAGGAUUUGACGCAACUGUAAAUUGACUUUCAGGUAACGUUGAAAAAAAUGCCGUUGCACGGGAAGAUUGUCGUAAUGAAGAGGAGUGGAGGAGAUGGGACUGAAUUUCCUCUUACGGCAUCAUGUCUAUUUGGAAGGAAGCCUGACUGUGAUAUUCGUAUUCAGCUUCCUCAAGUCUCCAAGGAGCAUUGCAGGAUUGACUUGAAUGAGAAUAAAGAGGUCAUUUUGACCAAUUUAAGCUCAGCAAAUCCAACGCGUGUCAACGGAGAGGUUUUGAAGCAGUCUGAGCGUUUGAAACAUGGAGAUGUUAUAACCAUUAUUGACCGUUCUUUCAGGUUUGAGUACCCUCCGGCACCAACGCCAAAGAAGAGGUCUGCCAUCGGAGGCAAAACUGAAACCCUCAAAGUUCUUCAAGACCAGCAAGUGGGUGACACAAUCCUUUUUGAAAAAGGAUUGUCGACAGAGCCUUGUCUGAAAGAUGGAGCCAACCAUGACAACAUCCAGCGAUCCCUGGAGAAAACUGGAGAGGUGGAGUCCAAGGCAGAUGAUGGCCUGCUACAAGGCAAGACCAACUCCCCCUUCAGCGACCUGUAUCAAAUGAUCAAAAAGUCCCUGGAUGUCAAGACUCCUCGGAAAUCCUCUGCCAGUCAGCUUGAAACACCUUCCUCAAGGUUCUGCUCUCCAAAACCCGAUUCAGUCAGAAAAAAUUGUGCUGUUUUCACAGAGAGAAAAAGCACUCCUAAAAAGAGUGAAGUCCUAACUGGAGCGGAAAGUCUAAGCAGGGGGACCCCAGGAUCUGUGAAGAAGCAAAUGAAGCCAUUGCAGGUUCCGGCUACUGAGAUGGUUGAACCUCCCAGAGCCGUGAUUGAAACAACGUCACCUCAGAGGAGAAAUGGUACAACUCCCCAGAAGUUUACUGCAAGUGAGGUUAUUGAGCAAAUCACUGCUCAAACACCCAAGUCACCUGUGAGGAGGAGGAGUAAGGAAGCAACACCUGCAGUGACUCAGGACCAAGAAGAGAAAACAAAGACAAGUCCCAAGUCAGGGCAUCUUCAGAGGGCAUCACCAAAAAACUCAGCUAAAAAAGGGAUAGACAUGUCCAAAAAACGCAAGAGUGGAGAACUUGGUGAAGACUUGCCCACACAGCAAACAAAGAGGAAACGUGUUUCCUUCGGAGGUUACCUCAGCCCAGAGUUAUUUGACAAACGGUUGCCCCCUGACUCUCCAUUACGAAGGGGGGCCACUCCACGGAGGAGCUUGUCUCUCCUUAGACCCAAGCAGUCACUCCUUAGACGAGCAUCCGUCAUUGGCUUGCUAAAAGAGUUGGACCAGGACAACCGAAAUGUGAAAAGUCCUGCAAAAACAAGGACACCAUCACCUAAGAAGUCAGGAAGUAGCAAAACUGGUUCUCCUAAGACUCCAGCUUCUGUGACGAAGUCUCCCAAAUCCAGGUCCCCAUCUCCCAAGGCAGCAUCUCCUGCAAAGAAUUCUCCCAAAUCCAGGUCUGUUUCUCCUAAAGCAGCAUCUCCUGCAAAUAAGUCAGCUUCUGUGAAGAAGUCUCCCAAGGCAGCAUCUCCUGCAAAGAAGUCACCAACAUCCGAGAGCCCGUCUCCUGCAAGAGGAAGAUCUCCCUCUAAAAACGAAGCGGUAGCUCCUAAAACCAACAAAGAGCUGGAAACUCAGCGCAGGGCUUCAACCCCAGGGCAGAUUCCCCACAAACAAGUUCCUACCGGCAAAAGAAGGGCGUCCCUGGGAGUGCCUGGUACUUCUCAGGAAAGUGCUCCUGCUUUUGUGGCUAUACCUGCUAAAACUCUCACCAGUUCAGGAGUUCAGACCCCCACAGUCAAAGGGCGCUUCUCCGUGUCACGCAUCAGCACACCCUCUCCAACAGCAGAAGCCGACGUGGCCACUGACCAGGUGCUUUUACCCACCGUCACCCCUAAAACUCACAUGGGGAGGAAAAGCACCUCAUGGAAGACUCCAGGUACGGCAAAGAGUGCAGUAAAAAUGCACAGAAGAAGUGGCAUUUCAAGAGCAUCUAUCAAAGUCUCCAAUCCCUGGGCACACAUUGUGAAAUUUGGUCAACCUAAGGCUCAAGUUGUUGCUCCACCUAAAAAAACCAUUGUCCAAAGGACCAAGAAGAAAGCAGUGCCCAAGCCAAAGACACCUGCCAGAAAUCUGAAGGGCUACGUGAGCACCGGACAUGCAGACUCGCCCGCUACCAUCGUUGUGGGUAGAGCACACAGGCAAACCGUCAUACAGCCAACCGGUGCUGCUCCGAGAGUGAUCACCAACGUCGUGCUCUUCAAAAAGAACUUGAAAAUGGAUGAGGACUUGACUGGUAUUUCUGAAAUGUUUAAAACUCCUGUAAACGAGAGGAAGCAGAAGUCUUUAUUCAAUGACAGCAGUGCCACAAAGACACCAGCAGGAGGUCAGAGCACGUCUGUGAUAGAGCCAUCAGUGCUGAACACGCCAGAGGAACCAGGUGAAAUGGUGGUGUCUCCCCUGAGUGUUACAUCUGCAGUAAAAGGCCGAAGAUACAACAGUGAGGCAGUUCAACGCCUCCUUGAUGAAGAUCAAGAAUCCAGCUUCAUCAGUCAGAUUCAGUCAGAGUUGAGCGAACAGCAGAAUACGGAUUUGCAGACAUCCUCUGUAACAACUCCCAAACAGAAGCCAGAAUUACCAGAUUCUCUCACCGGAGUCAAAAGGAUCAUGAAGACCCCAAAACUGAAGGCUGAACCUGUUGAAGAUUUGAGAGGAAAACUGUUGAAAACUCCCAAACAGAAGCUUGAACAGCACGAGUGCCUCACUGGAGUCAAGAGGAUCAUGAAGACUCCGAGACAGAAGGCCGAACCUUUAGAGGACAUCAGAGGGAAACUCCUGAAGACUCCCAAACAGAAGCCUGAACAGCAAGAGUGCCUCACUGGAGUUAAGAGGAUUUUCAGAACUCCGAAACAGAAGGCCGAACCCCUUGAAGACCUUCGAGGAAAAGUUCUGAAGACCCCCAAAGCCCCAGAGGGUGGUGAUGUGAGUUUGGAUGGUGUUAAGGAGCUUCUGCAGACGCCAGCACAGAUGCAAGAAUCUGACACAAAAGGCAUGAAAACUCCAAAAACAAAGAGCUCUCCAGUGGUUCACCUCACCGGGAUCAAGAGAAUAAUGAAGACCCCCAAGGAGAAAACUGCUCCUGUUGAAGAUAUGGUUGGUGUGAAGAGGCUCAUGAGAACUCCCAGACAGAAAGGUGAACCUGUUGAGGUGAAUUUCGGGAUCAAGAGACUCAUGAAGUCACCAAGACUGAGGGGUAAUGCUCCAGUGGAGGACUUCGAGGGACUUAAAGAACUUAUGGAGGAGCCACUGAAGGAGCCCACAGUGCAACCAGAGACAAAGGAGGGUGGAGAUCAAGCGUCUCUCGGUUGUGGUGAAGACGUGAUAAGAGAUUCCCCAGAAACCGUCUCUCAGGCACCUGCCGAUUUGAAAGUACUUGUUGAAGAGCCUGAGGUGAAGACUGCUGCCAAAGUAGAUACGACUGCAACAGAUCUUGACCACAAGAAGAAAUCUGUGCGAGGCAGAAGGGCAAAAACAGUAGAAUCCAAAGCAGCUCAGGAUCAACAGGAAGCGCCUGACUCUACUGAAGACCCUGUAAUCCCUGCACCAUCCAGAGGAAGACGAGGAAAGAAAACUGAAGCUACAGCACCACCUGCUGUCAGGCAGACAACAAGAGGCAGGAACGCAAAGACCGCUGAAAGCACGGAUGCUGAGCUGAUACAAGAAAGUCGCCCUCAGUCUCCUAAAGUUGCUCCUAAGCCGAAAAGAGGUAGAAAUGCCCAGAAGUCCUCUGAUCAAGCUGAAGUUGUCACUGAACCUGAGGGCGAUCAGAGCCAGCCAGCUGAUGUUGAGGAAAAAUCAAAUGAAAGUGCAACACCCGUAGAGAAGGCUGCGCCCAAGCGAGGAAGAAAAGCUAAGCAAGCUGAACAGUCUGUGCCACAGCAACAAAAUGCCGCUGAAGAAGUUCCCCAAGCUACACAAGAUGCAAAUGUAGCCUGCAGUGACCAGCCUGAGAGGUUGCCAGGCGGUGCUGAUGAAAACAAAUGCUCUGAUGCCACGGAAGCCGUUCUCCUAGCACCUCAGACUGAAAGCUUACCUCAUGUGCAGACACCAGCUUCAGUUCAGAAGAAAUCUGUGCGAGGCAGAAGAGCAAAACAGGUGGAAUCUGAAGAGCCUGAAGCUAAACAAGAGGCAGCAGAGAUUCCUGAAGAUCCCAUUGCACCUGCUCCAGUUAGAGGAAGAAGAGGGAAGAAAACGGAAGCUACUGCGCCACCUGCAGCUACACACACAUCAAGAGGCAGAAGUGCAAGGUCUAAAGAGCCUGCCAUUGAAACACAAAUGGCGACUGAUGUUGAGAGUGCCCAAACCUCUCUGGUAAAUGCCAGUCAAGAAAAGGAUUCAGCACCACAGACAGAAGAAGCCGUCGUGAAGCCACUUAGAGGUAGAAGAACUAAACAAACACUUGCUGAGCCAGAAAAGAUAAGUGGUGAACAUUUGGAAAAUGCUGAUCCUCAGGAGCCUGUUCUUCCCACUGCUGGAAAACCACGGAGAGGGAGACAGGCAAAACAGGAUAAGGUUGACCUGGCACCAGUAGAGCAGUCUCAGCCUCCAGCCAGGGUUAGGAGGGGAAGAAAUGCCAAGCAGGAUGAGGAAAAGAUGGAUGAUGAGCCUGCUAGGAAAAUAAGGAGAACGAGAAAGUCUGAGCAAGAGCAAGUAGAAGUAACAGAAGAAGCCCAAACUGGUGAAAUGGUUGUUUCAGAGAAGGCAGAAGUACCACUUGCUGAACCAGUGCAGAUAAGCGAACAGGCUAGUGUGACUACAAAGCCCAGGAGAGGAGGGCGAAAAGCCAAACAAGACACAGAGAUUGUGGACUCCAUUGAGGUCCAAGAAGUCCCUGUUAUCAGCUCCGCAAGCAAACCCAAACGGGGCAGGAGAGGAAAACAAGAAAAGGCUGAAUCUGCCGAAGAAGCUGAAGCUACUGCUGAAAAUCCUGAACACAAGCUGGAUGCCGAGGAGAAAAAUGCUGAACCGCCUGCUCCAGUCGUGAAAUCUACCAGGGGGAAGGGGGUGAGGGCUUCUGCUAAAUGUGACACUUCACAAGCCGUUCCAGCCAAGAGAGCCCGCCGAGGUACAGCUGUUUCUUCUGAGGAGACCAAAGAAGAAUCCACAGCUUUGGAGUCAGAGCCUCCUUCAACUUCAGUAGAACCAGCAAAAAAGGGACGACGGACAGCAUUAAAGGCCACAACAGAUGAGCCAACGGUGACCAGUGACCAGAAACAUCCCAAAGCUGUUGAGAACGAUGCAAAACUGCCCAAAAGAUGUGUCAAGUGGAAAUCGGACUUGGAAAUCUUCGAGAUUCCAAAGGCAACACCUGUAAAGGCAGCGCGAGGUCGGAAGUCUAAAGGGUCGACAGUUGACAGUGAAAGCAGAAAUGUGUCAAAGGAUGCCAACAAAACUGAAGAGGAGGAUCUCUCAGAGAAAGUUUUUGACAGUCAGCCUGUUAAGAGAGCCGGGCGAGGCCCAAAGGCUGCUGGCAAAGUGGAACCUGCAAACAAGUCUAAUAAAAACGCUGACAUGCAGCCAAAAACGCGUCGAGGAAGAUCGGCAAACAAAUAGAUGCACAUCAACUGCUUUUUUUUUCAUGAUAAUAUAAUUUUGUAUUUGUAAUUUUCUUUUUUUUUUUUUUAAAUUUAGAUUGUAAUGCUUUGCAGUUCGUAGUUUUAUAGAGUGCAAAAGUUUUCUCCCCAGUACAGCAGGAAAUUUGUUUUUAAUCAUUUUGGUGUCAAGCUGUAUGUUUUUUACUGAUUCUGAAAUUAUUUGUGGUUUAAAAAAUGGUUAUUACAUU